GCGCAUGACCCGAAAUCAGUGCCCCUACUAUAGAAACGUGCUCCGCUCCAAAAGGGAAAAUCCAUCAGUUUCCAGUCGGUUUUCCACGUUUUCCGCGAAAAGUUGAUUGUCGGAUAAACCAAGUUGACACACGCGACUCAGACAAAAAACAUUUUUGAAUUGGAUCAGUGAAUUAUUGAAGUGAUCUAAACAUGGAAAUGGAGCUUAAAACUUAUUCCACAAUCUGAGACACAAUCCUGGCGUGUAAAAUGUUGGACCGGCUUUCCCUCUUGGGAAUAUUUUGUCAGUUGUUGACGUGCGUUUCUGCUUUCCAGGAGGAAUGGAUGGUCCCUAAUAGAUCAAAUGUCACCACCCCUAUCGGGAAUAUUACAGUGUCGGCAGGAAGGGAGGCUGUUUUCAACUGUGUCGUUAAUAUUACUGGGCGUUAUAAGGUCGCUUGGGUCCGUGCCGAAGACCAAACGAUUCUGAGUAUAGGAACCAAAGUGGUCACACAUAAUAGUCGCAUUAUGGUCACUCAUGACAACUUGCACACUUGGCAAAUGCGCAUAAAACAAGUCAAGGAAUCAGACAGGGGAUGUUAUCUUUGCGAAGUCAAUACGAAUAUAAUGAGGACUCAAGAGGCUUGUUUGGAUGUUAAUGUCCCUCCCGAUAUACUGAACGAAGACACAAGCGGCGAUUUGUCGAUAUCGGAAGGCGAAAAUGCUACAUUAUGGUGUAGAGCUUCUGGACAUCCUCAACCGCGAAUACUUUGGAAAAAGGAAAACGGCGAACCUAUUUUCAUCAGGCGAAGCUUUAGGAAUUUCACUAAAGUUGAAACUUAUAAUGGAGCCAAUUUGAAUUUCUGGAAAGUGGAUCGCACACAGAUGGGCACUUAUUUGUGUAUAGCAAGCAACGAUGUACCUCCAGCAGUGAGCAAGCGAGUCUUACUUUAUGUGAACUUUUCUCCAACAAUUAAAGUACCAAAUCAGCUACUUGGAGCACCACUUCAGACCGAUGUCCAACUAGAAUGUUACGUGGAAGCUUUUCCAAACACCAUAAACUAUUGGGUGAAAAAUCGAAGCGAAAUGCUAUUAAAUGGGACAAAAUAUCUGGUACGAGAAGAAAGAAUCGGCUACAGGGUAUUCAUGUGGCUGGUAAUCAAAUCCUUUGCUGCAAAAGAUGUUGGAACUUACAAUUGUGUUUCAACCAACUCUUUAGGGAGAGCUGAAGGCACCCUGAGACUAUAUGAAAUCAAGCUCAAUCCAGUCAACACUUUUAACAACAGGGCAGAAUUGAUUGCAGGAUUAACUGAACCAGCUCGAGGACCCAGAUCAAAAGAAGUACUGACAUCUUCAACUGCACCCCAAAUGAUUAAACCCAUGUUUUGGUGCUGGCUGAUGUAUUUUAUAGGCAAAAUAGGCCUGAGAUGAUUUUUCAGGCUCUCGUAAAAUAAUUAUUGUAAAAACAUCAUAAUCAUUAGAAAAAACAUAUCACUGUUUCAAAAUCCAAAAAAUAUCCCACACUAUUUGUCCUGUAUAGAUAGAUAUUCUAGAAAAAUGUAACAAUAAUUGGAUUUUUCUAUAUUAUUCUACAAAAGCAUAUGUCCAUUACUUGUCAUAGAAAUUUUACAGCACACAUCCAGGAGCCUUUCUAAAACAGACAACAAAAGCGUCGGAACUUGGCAUAAAGUUUCUUUUUCCGAGACAGUGAAAAUUGCUAUUUCUCCGAGCCUCGCGGCCCUUUAUUUCGCAGCUCUCGAACUUUUUUGUUUUCGAAGGAAAAAUGAUCUUGUAUCUUGAAUUUCAAGUGAUUUGAAACUUUUUUAGUAUACAAUAUUUGAAUUAUUGUAAAAAUGUCUCUUUGUUGUUAGUAAAAUAAUAGAAUAUUAUGGUGCCAAUUUAUUGCUUUUUGUAAAUACUUUUAUCCUCAAUGUAUACCUACUUAGAUUACAAAUUGUACAUAUAAGCUUGUAAAUCAAAAAUAAAGCCUGUUUCCCUGUUAUCGUGUUAUCCUCUUUAUUUUAAUAAUGUAUUCUUCAUUCUUUUAGCAAAUAUUGCAUAUUGGAUCAUAAAAAUAUACUGUAAUUUUGUGCUGUGCUGUGUAAUAUAAAAUAGCUACAUAUACAUAUUUGGAAAAGUUUAUUUGUUUGCUUUGUUUGCAGUUCGACCUUAGUUGAAU